AUGUUUCGGGUCCGACGAGAUCCGACGUGGGAUCCGAGACCAUCGGAAUCCAAUGCGAUUCCGUCACCAGGAUUUCAUUGGAUCCGUCGAAUUCCUGUAGGAUCCGAUAAAAUUCUGUAUUGGAUCCGAUGGGAUCCGAGUAUGGGAUUGUUCGACCUGGGGACGAAUGUACAAUCGCCAUUAGAAGUCGCACCGGCAUCGAAUACACCUCCACUACACGAUUUAUAUCCGUUAGAAAAUACGACUGCUACGCAAUUCUUCUCCAGCUCGAUCUCACCGACAGCUCCACAUCAUCGACAAACCAUAUGUGCACCGUCGGCAAAGGCAACGCAGACGAAUUUAAUAGAUGAAUUGACUCGCAAAGCCCGUGAUGACAAUAACCCAAUGCUCAUUCUCUCCAUUCGAUUUACAUCUACUAUUUAG